GAAGGCAAACCACUUCCUGCCAUGGCCACAGCUGACAGAGGGGUGAAGCCCCUUCAAACUGCCAUGAAAAUGGCCAAAGUAGCAAUACAGCUGGACGGAGGGAACAAACAUAAGGAAGCUUACUGUGAAUACCUCCGGACUAUUAACUUCAUAUCUCAUGCACUUUUGGAGGAAGCUGCAUCACAAAAGGAGGAGAUGGUGGUGGUGGAGGUGGAGCGGAUGUUGAGGCUGGCUGAGCAGUGUCUGGAGCGGGCUAAAUCAUUUAUAGGGAAGAGUGCCGACGCCCCUGACCUCUCUGCCUCCGUCUCCACGUCUUCUUCCUGUUCACCAGGCCAAUCAGAACCCCAUCAGACUGAUGUCCCCCCAGGAGCCACUGCUUCAAACACCGUCCCUGCAUCUGAUACCCCUGUUGACACAGCGUGUCAAGCAGCCAGCCCAGCAAAAACCGGUCACCACAGGAUUUUGUCAGAUGGUGGCAGGGAGGUCUCCCCUUUUCUGUCUCCUGAAAUCUUCCAGAGACUACAAACGGCGGAGUCACAGGACACAAGCAAAAAGGAGCUGACACCCAUUGAAGAAGCAUCACGUUUGAACCAGAAGUUGAAAGCCAAUUAUGAAGCUCGUCUGGCAAGGCUCACUCCUGGUCAGGCCUACCAGAAGACGUCUUUGACACUCUCUCUCCAGAGGCAGAUGAUGGAGAACCUCAUCAUAGCCAGAGCCAGACAGGAUGCUCUCCAGCGAAAGAUGGAGGAGAGAAGACUAAGACUACAGGAAGAGGCCAACAGGAGAUUUGCAGCAUCUGGCGCACUGACAGCAGAGGAGCAAGAGCAGCGUGUUCUCUAUACCAAUGUACUGGAAUAUGAGCAAGAUCAUGAUUGGCCCAAACUGUGGAAAGCCAACAUGAGGAAGAAUCCUGAUGACGUCACAUUAGUAUCAGGUCUAGUCUCCUACCUGCUCAGCCGGUCUGACCACCCAGUGGUGAAGCUGCUAAAGAAACACCAGUACCGGAUUUACAACAGGCUCUACCCCAUCGUCAGUAAAGGCCUCGCCCACAGUCCUGUGCUGCCACUGAGGCCCUCUCGCAGCACUCAGAACCUUCGUCAUCCAGAGACCCAGGGGAAGCCAGCCAGGACUGUAGGCAGCAGCGUUGGUGGCCACAGCUGCAGCACCGGCUCUUCACCCUCGCUCUUUCACGACCUCCCAGCCAAUAAUGACGAUGAGGACGGGGAGGAGCCUCACACACAGGCGACGAUGGAUCAGGAGAACUCGUUUGAAGAUCUGGAGGAGUUCCUGACCCAGUUGGACUGGACCCCGCCCCAUGGCACCGCAGAUGAGCCCAGCUCAGAUUUAGAGCUGAGCGGUGAUUCCUCCAUGCAGGCGGAGCAGGACGAGGGAAGCAUCCAGGAGCUGGAGAUGAGAGCGUUGAGAGAGCACAUGAAGGCCAUUGUCAAAGACAUUCAUAUUGCAACUGAUCAACUUCUGUCACUGUGUCUGCUGUCCUUUGAGUGUCUAAACACAGCCAGCUCCAAAGACCUGUGCCUUGCGAGCAUAGAGGAAGCCUUCUUCACACCCCUGUGGAGCGCCCUGGUGGCUCUUUUCAGGAAGGUCCACAGGGAAAGAGAGCAGGCCUUUGAGACGAGUAUGAAGCUGUACCAGGAUGCUUCACCAGCAGAUGUUGGUGUUCCCCUGAAACUGUUCCCCCAAGACCCUGACGCACUGCAAGGUUCCUACCCCUACGAGUCUGCUGUUCAGGAGCUUAAGCUUCUCAUUACAGACUGCUGUCCACAGAGGAAGCUGGAUUGUAUUGUUCGGACAUUACGGCUGAUCUGUGCCUGUGCUGAGGAUUACAGAUGUCUCCAUGAGGUGGACUCUUCGCCCAAAACAGCUGCCAUCGGUGCUGAUGACCUGUUGCCCAUCCUGUCCUUCGUGGCUCUGCGGUGCCAGUAUCCUCAGCUGGUGUCUGAAUGCGCCGCUUUGGAAGAGUUCAUUCAUGAAGGCUAUUUGAUAGGAGAGGAGGGCUACUGUCUGACCUCCAUGCAGAGUGCCUUGGCCUACGUUGAGUCAUUGCACACAGGAAGACGAGCAGACAAGGUCGUUUGAAUCAGGCUGCUGCCGUCACGAGAGACCCUCCUGACAGUUCAUCCAACAUUUCCUGCUGCGCUACAGCUGAACCUGCAGCCCCCUGCAGGUUACGCAGACGCAUUGUUAUCUUGUGCACACACAGACAUACUGUACAGUAUAUUUAACAGAAGGACUUCUUUUGCUGUUUCUGACAGAGAACUAACCCAGUGCCUGUGAGUUGUUUCUAACCAAAUGAGACCCUGCACGGGGCCAAACUGGGCUUUGCUGUGACCUCUAGGGAUGUGCUUUCAAACUGUGAAGGGUUGCUGCAUUAACUAGCACUGGGUUGUUAAAGGGACUAUUGUAUGUGAUUUAGGUUGGAGCCUGUGGAUGUGAUGCCAUUGACUAUAUGAAUGAGGAAAAACCUGCAAUAUGAUUUAUUAAUGAGGGAAUGUAUUUGUAAACCAUACUGCAGGAUUUUCUUGAGAUGUGUUUCCCUUGCAUUGAAAAUUUAAAUCCAUGUACUCUAUUGCUUUUUUUUUUCCUAACAAAAAAAGUGCAAACUCAUAAAUUAGAUGCUGUCUGCAUGUGUUUGUGUUUGUUCAUAUGUU